GCGAUUCAGAACCAAACAAUUUACACGGGCUUGAAGACUGUGUAAUGUCCCUGGUAGGAGUAUGGAGCGAUAUAACUUGCUCACUCGGGUUUUCCAUCGUUUGCGAGAAGAAAGCUACACCCACAGUCGAAACAAAGCAGUCGGUUUCGUCCACUGCCGCGGUCACAACAAAGCAACCGGUUUCCUCUUCAGCUAUUACCACAACAAAGCAGUCGGUUUCGUCCACAGCCGCGGUCACAACAAAGCAACCGGUUCCCUCUUCAGCCAUGACCACAACAAAGCAGACAGUAUUGUCGUCCACUGCCGCGGUCACAACAGAGCAACCGAUUUCUUCCACUGCCGCGGUUACAACGCAGCAGUCAUAUCCCUCAACAACCCCGCUAACAAUGGAGCUACCAGUUCUUUCCACAUCGGCCCCGAUGAAAGCGCAUCUGACGCAGGACAUAACUUCCAACACUGGAUACAUGAAGAAAGACACCAUACAUACAGGUUUUUGUCUGGUAAAUCACGUGGUCCAAGACAUCCAAUCAUCUUCUUUGAUCCGUUGCUUGUCCAGCUGUAUCAGGUUUCCUAGCUGUUCAUCAAUGAACGUCUUCGUGGGCCAAAGAAGAUGUCAGCUCAACAACUCAAACAGGACCACGUCAAGUUCAGACUUCAAGAGAGUAGAUAACUGUGAAUAUUUUGAGUACUUGCCGAAGUGACUAAAAUAAUGUCACUAAAAGAAGUUGCCAUAG